AUGUCGAGGCAGUUCACCGUUGCUGCGGCGCAGAUGGGGCCGGUCGCCCGCGCCGACACGCGCUCGCAAGUGAUCGACCGGCUGAUCGCGAUGCUGCACACCGCGAACCAGGCGGGCGCCACGCUCGUGGUGUUUCCGGAGCUGGCGCUCACCACCUUCUUUCCGCGUUGGGUCAUCGACGAUCCCGAGGAGCUGGACAGCUAUUUCGAAGCCGAGAUGCCGAACAACGAGACCCAGCCGCUCUUCGCCGCGGCGGCGGAGCUGGGUAUCGGAUUCCACCUCGGCUACGCUGAGAUGGUCAUCGAAGACGACGGUUCAAAGCGCUAUUUCAAUACGGCCAUCAUUGUCGAUCGCGACGGGCAGAUCGCCGGGAAAUACCGCAAGGUUCAUAUCCCCGGCCAUGCCGAGCCGCAGCCCGGCCAAACACACCAGCAUCUGGAGAAGCGCUAUUUCGAGCCCGGCGAUUUGGGCUUCCCCGUGUUCCGCUCCAUGGACGGCGUGAUGGGGAUGUGCAUCUGCAACGACCGGCGUUGGCCCGAGACGUAUCGGGUCAUGGGCCUUCAGGGCGUGGAGCUUGUCAUGCUCGGCUACAACACGCCGAGCACCAAUCCAUUCGCGAAGGGUGAGGAGGCGCCUCAUCUCGGCAUGUUCCAUAACCACCUCUCCAUGCAGGCCGGCGCCUAUCAGAACGGCACCUGGGUGGUCGCCUCGGCCAAGGCCGGCAUGGAGGAAGGCAUUCACCACAUGGGCGGAAGCUGCAUCAUCGCACCGACCGGAGAGAUCGCGGCCCAAGCCCAGACCGAGGGCGACGAGGUGGUGACCGCGCCGAUCGAUCUGGGGCGGGGGGUCUAUAUCCGCGAGACCAUCUUCAACUUCGCCGCGCACCGGCGGAUCGAGCACUACGGCCUCAAUACCAGCCGGACCGGGGCGGAGCCGCCACCCGCGUAA